AUGCCAUUAAUCGAAUUAGGGGAUUCGAUACCUCCUAAUACCGCUCAUGCUGUGAGCGUCUCGCUUCCCACGUGGAAAGCCAACGUGGGGUAUGAAGAGGGCGAACAAUGGGUCGUCGACGCUAUGACGACUGGCUACCCCAGGUUCUUCAUCCACAAGAGCAUCCAGGCCUUCAGUCGGGACAUUGUUAGCAGCCACGGGACUGCCGGACAGCACGCUAUAUUAUUCCCCACCAGGAAGGCCGCCGGCCGAUGUCUCAACUUCAUCCGGGACAAAGCCUCACCGUCCGCCUUGGUAAACCUAGAUACUAUCCGCCUCGUCCUCGAUCCGGCUAAGAAGCCACCCGAUGCCCUUCAGGCUGUCCUGCCGUCCAUCUCCGCCGUCCUCUGCACCGCCACGGCAUACCCCUUUGCAAAACAGUAUUGGCAACAUUCUGGAGACGGUGUUUCGAGCCGGCGUGCCGAGUUCUGCCACGCGCUAUUCAAGGAGGGCAUACUAAUCCCCGAGGACAAAUUACCCUCGCCCGUUCCAUCACAGCAAAAGCUAGGCCGUGGGCCGAGAAGAUAUAGGCGAACCGCCUCUAUUGGCGACGACGACAACGAUUUCAACAGCCGUCGCCAUUAUUCUGUCGGCGCCGAUGUGUCUUCCGCCGAUGGCCACUCAACCGACACGAUGGAAACGUCAAAAUUCCUAGAGGAACGCUAUGGGCGGAAUCUUGACGUCUCCCUGGUUCCGAAUGCGAAGUCAGCCAUAAGACGCCGCAUCGCCGGCGUCCUGACGACCGACAUCGAGCUUGACAGCACAACCACGCUACCGGCCAUGGACUCAAACGCCCGCGGGAUAUCAAAUUUCAAGGAAGACGAUAUAUAUCUGGUGCCCUGCGGUAUGAAUGCGAUUUUUACAACGCACCAGACCCUCCUCAGAGCACGUGAGCCCCGGAAGAGCGUCAACUUCGGAUUCCCCUACGUUGAUACCCUCAAGAUCCUCCAGAAAUUUGGCCCCGGCGCCACAUUUUAUGGCCGAGGCACCCAGGCCGACCUUGACGACCUCGAGAACCGCCUCAAGGGCGGGGAGAGAUUCCUUGGCCUCUUCUGCGAAUUCCCCGGCAACCCCUUAUUAACCUGCCCCGACCUGGCCCGCAUCCGGCAACUGGCAGACGCGUACGACUUUGCGGUGGUCGUGGAUGAGACGGUCGGCACGUUCGUCAACGUGAACGUACUGCCUUUCGCCGACGUUGUCGUGAGUAGUCUGACUAAGAUCUUCUCCGGGGAUUGCAACGUUAUGGGUGGUAGCAUCAUCCUGAAUCCGAAUAGUCGAUACUACCUGUCCCUGAAAUCCGUCAUGACGAGUGAGUUCGAAGACACGUAUUGGGCUGAGGACGUAAUCUUUAUGGAGAGGAAUAGUCGCGACUUUGAAUCGAGGAUCGAUAGGGUCAACGCUAAUGCCGAGGCCAUCUGCGAGGUUUUGAACGCGCAUCCUUUGGUCACCCAAGUCUAUUAUCCCAAGUAUAACGAAUCCCGGCCCAACUACGAGGCUUGCAGGUUGCCGAAUGGGGGAUAUGGUGGUCUUUUGUCGUGCACGCUCAAGACCAAGGCCCAUGCUGUGGCGUUCUACGACGCCCUCGAGACGGCUAAGGGUCCAAGCCUUGGAACAAAUUUUACGCUAACAUCGCCCUAUGUGGUUCUGGCACAUUAUCAAGAGCUGGAAUGGGCGGCAAGUUUUGGAGUCGACCCGAACCUACUUCGGGUCAGUGUCGGGCUUGAAGACGACUUGCCAUCUGUCUUCUUGAGGGCGCUCCAGGUUGCUGAAGAGUGCCAUGGCAGCGGAUAG